GACCCGCCCACGGCCCCGCCCACUGGUCAUGAUUUAUACGUCAUCCCAAGGGAGUGGAAUGUUGUUGUCUGUGUGACUGAGUGUGUAGUGUGUGCGCCUUUUCAGUAGGGAGAUUUUAACCUCCUUGGUUUCAACCAUGACUGCAAGUUCCGAGAUGCCCAGAAUUGACUUGGACCGGCCCAGAUGGGACCAGUCCACCUUCAUAGGCCGGCUGAAGCACUUUGCCAACCUGACAGACAUGAGGACAGUGUUGAGCAGUGAUGCCAAGCUAAACCAAGCCAGAGACCUGGUCACAAAUUACAGACUAGGUUCUACACCACCUGGCACGACGGAGGAGCAGCUGUGGUAUGCCAAGAAGCUGUACGACUCCGCCUUCCACCCGGACUCAGGCGAGCUGCAGAACGUGAUUGGUCGGAUGUCCUUCCAGGUGCCAGGUGGCAUGCUCAUCACGGGCUUCAUGCUGCAAUUCUAUAGGACAGUACCAGCUGUUGUAUUCUGGCAGUGGAUUAACCAGUCCUUCAACGCUCUGGUCAACUAUACCAACAGGAAUGCAGCAUCUGCAAUAACAACCAAACAGAUUGGUACGGCAUACGCCAGUGCGACCACAGCAGCUGUAGCAGUGUCUGUGGGCCUUAACUCUCUCACAGCGAGGGCACCACAGUUGCUGCAGCGUUACGUGCCAUUUGCAGCAGUGGCUGCAGGAAACUUUGCCAAUAUACCACUCAUGAGACAAAGAGAACUCAUGAAUGGCAUUGUAAUUACUGAUGGAAAUGGGAAUGAACUAGGAAAGUCCAAGAAAGCAGCAAAAAAGGGAAUUUUCCAAGUGUUUGUGUCCAGAGUGUCCAUGGCUGCACCUGGAAUGUUACUGUGUCCUGUCAUCAUGCAGAAAAUGGAGAGGUACACAUGGAUGCAGAGAAUACAGUUCCUUCAUGCCCCCAUACAAGUCAUGUUGGUUGGAUGCUUCCUUGUGUUUAUGGUGCCAACGGCCUGUGCAUUAUUCCCGCAAAGAGCUUCCUUAGCUGUAGAGAAGUUGGAGCCUGACCUAAAAGCAUCCAUCCAGGAGAAAUAUGGAGACAAGAUCAAAACUGUGUACUUCAACAAGGGGCUGUGAUGACGGGUUUCAGUUUCAGUCUGGAACAAGCUUAAUGCAUGAGUUGAUAUUGUGUGAAUGCUGAAGUUGGGGUGUUGGGUGGGGACCCAUCUGCAUUUCCUUAGCCCUUGGGCACACAGCAGUGCAAGCAGUGAUAAAGUUACAAAAGGGGGCAAAUCUACUGGUAGCACUGUGUGGCCAACUGCUAUACUUCUCAUACAUGUUAAGUGCUAAGCAGAGAAACAGGAUGUACCUGUACCUGCUCCAUUUUUGGUAUGACUUUGGUAGUCAGAGAAUUAAACUGAAAAGUGAGCAAUCUACUUGCUAGGCUGUUGCUGCAAUACAGUGGAUGAAUUUCAAUUACACCACUGGAAGUCAUGGUGGUGGAUAACAAAGGCCAAAAGAUCAAGAUAAUAUGCCACUUUUUAUAAUUGGAUAACAAGAGUUCAGUCAUAGCUUAAAAACUGUGCCUUCACUUUUACAGUGCCUCCAGGUCCACUGAACUUGGGAGAAAAUUAAAUCCUGAUUGAAAUCCUGGUUUUUGACUAUAUUGGUGCAAAAUGUAGGUGCCUUCAAAGCAUUAGUUAUUGGGGUAAUGGUAUAAAGCAUCUUUUAUCCAUCAGGAAUUUGCUGUUCUUGGUGGGGUCAAGGUUUGCAUUUUUUUAGAUAAUACUUGUUAGCUAACAAAAUAAAGUCCAAAAAUGAUUUUUACUAACUUGGAGUGCUGUACUCAAUUAUUUCAUCAGGAAGUGAGCGUAUUUGAAAAUUUGAAAGGCCUUCGUUGCCCAAGGCUGUUGCAUGGCAUUUAGAGUUACCGUAUUUCUGUUUUACUGAAAGUAACCUGUGUUUACACAAGCUCUCGGUGGGGAGUUAACGACCCCCGCCCCUUUUUUGGGGGCGGCAACCUUAGGGGCGGGCGGCCGCCAGGAGCGCGAUUUAGUCCAGCUGUACUGAAAGUAUCCUUGGUAAUCUUGCCUUGAUAAUGAUUCCAUCAUUGCACUCCAAAACCAUAAUAAACUAGUUGAUGUCCGUCAAAAAUACCCUACCUCAUCCACCAUCUCACUCACCAAACCUCGCGCAGAAGGGUCAUCAUUACAAUACCAACGUCACGCAAGCAGGUACAGAUUAUUAUUGUACGGCGGGAAAAGCUACAGUAUACCAUCGACUGUAUCCAUAAAUAGUUGCGCCGUGCGUAGGUGUGAAACGGUAGAAAAUAUCUUGACACUGGCGUUACCAUGACGACCAUGGACUGCCGUCUCAAGUGGAGUGGGAUAAGGUGCGAUGAUGCACGCUGGGAUUUAAAACGUCUAGACAGCCGCUGGCUGAGGGAAGUGAUAACAUGGUG